GCCUGAAUUCCUAUCACUAACUAUCAAGGGCCACCUAUACCUAAAAACAACACCCCCACUGAUUGGAUCAUCGAUUGCCUCUCUCAUUGGCUGGCUCGGCUGUCAGUCAGGAGCUGCACUUGCUGGUUCGUUAAUACCUACGACUGACGCAGGGGGCGACUAAUCUUCGUUUCGACUCCAGCAACAGGAUUGUGUCGCAGCGUCUCCCUGCCGAGGCGCUGACGGAGCAUCUGUUGGCAUCUCCGACGACUGCAUGGUUGGAAUACAAGUUCACUCCGAAAACCAGCUCCAUCUUCGUCCCCUACCGCUCAGGAACGACCACACGGAGUAAAAGUGAACGUGUAAAUGGAGCUUCAAUCGUUGUCGUGACUGUUUGCCCGCCACCUCUCACCCUGCAGAAGACUGCGUUGAAGUUGCAGUAGCAUCCACACCUCCGCGACCCUCUCCUUUGCAGUCAUGGGAACCGUCCUCUCCAUCUCUCCGGCGACUAAGAAGGCAUCUAUUAUGGACGCCGAGGUCGCAGGGGAUGGAGUCAAAAACGACAAGAGCCUCAAGCGGCACUCGAUGUUCGUUUCACUCUCCUGGAAGAAGCUGGUGGCCAGUUCCGCCAAGAAAAGUGCCAAGAAAGUGACCCCGAAUCCGCUGCCCGCCCCGUCCAGCCAGGUGGCUCAGCUCAACAGUGAAAACAUCAGGAAAACGCACCAAACCGAAGAGAGGAAACCCAAAGUGCCAAUCCCGGUCCCGGUGCCCACGGUCCCCACGCAAAACAAAGAGGUUGCAGUCCAGAACGGGAGGCUUUCCACGGUUCAAAAGCAGCCCAGCAGCCAGUCUCUGGUGUCACCGAGACGUAUAGUCAUCCAGGCUUCUACCGGGGAGCUGCUUCGCUGUUUGGGGGACUUCAUGUGCCGCAGGUGUUUUAAACUCAAAGAGUUAAACAGCGGAGAGGUGGUCCUCUGGUUCCGAAACAUUGACCGGACUCUCUUGCUUCAGGGCUGGCAGGACCAAGGCUUCAUCACGCCGGCUAACGUGGUGUUCGUGUACCUGCUGUGCGAAGACGCGGUGGCGGACAGCAUCGACAGCCUGGCCGAGCUGCAGGGCACCUUUCAGACUUGCCUCUACCUCGCCUACUCCUACAUGGGCAACGAGAUCUCAUACCCACUCAAGCCGUUUAUGAUCGAGUCGAACAAGGACGUUUUCUGGGAGACGUCGCUCCGGAUCAUCAACAGGAUGAGUGCCAAAAUGCUGCAGCUCAACGCAGACCCGCACUUUUUCACCGAGGUCUUCCAGGACCUCAAAAACCAGCGAGAUAGCAGUGAGUCCAACCUGGACCGCUGAAACAAACAAGACACUAAGGGUUUCUUUUUUUUUCCUUUUUAGAUGAAUGUUUUGCAAAAUCACAUAAUGGUGAUUUGAAUGUAAAAGCCAACGUUGAAGGCAUCUCACGUGUGGGCUGAAAAUCUCUCUAAUGAUGUUACACAACUGGUGUUUAGGCUACGGUGUAGGAGAUUUCAUAAAAUGCAUGCCAAUGGUAUAAAUGUCCUCUUUUGUCUUGUCCCUGGAGUGACGCAGGGAUUGACAUCUUGGUACAAAUCACAUCCUAAGUGGCACGAUUACGACUGACUAAGAAAUUGCGGUAAUCUCCAGUUUUGUUUUGUUUUGUUUUUUUUAGCCGGCCCAAAAUUUUCCAUCGGUAGGAUUUUUUUUUUUCUUGUUGCACCACAUUUAAAAAAAACAACAACAACAAAACUUCACAUUUUUCUUACAUACAUGUUUGGUACCAUAACAGUUUUAUUCGUGGGUUAUAAUGUCGCAGUGAGGUGAGGUUCCAGGCACAAUCAGAAAUAGAAAUCUGUGUGGAGGAGUCGAGAGGCGGAGCUGUCCGAGGUGCUGACCUGUGCGGCCAUUUCUCCUCCACUCCCUGCUAUUUCGAGUCACUUGGCCAAAACAGAGUCAAGUGUGGCUUUAGAGGACCAAAGUCAUCCCAGUGCGCGCCGUCAGGACGCAGGCCUAAGCCUCAGAAGUGGAGGUGUACAGUAAAUUGUGCUUUAAAACAAAAAAAUCCCCUGCGAGAUGACAAUUAAGACAUGCAACAGAUAUCAGAAACAUGUUUUGCUAAGAAGACAUGUUGUUGCAGACAUUCCUCCAAGGCCAAAGGUAAAGGCUAUAGUUUCAAUCUCCAAACCUUGAGUGGACAUGACAAAAAAGCGCCAAGCAGCUGUGUGUCUACAACUGUUUUCAGCUCCUUCUGUGUGUUUUAAAACUACCACUUUCUUCAUACAAGCCACCUCGAUUUGAAUUACAUAACUUGUUUUUGGCUACCAACGUGAUGUAAGUGGGCAGUUGGUUCAAGCUGGAACUGAGGGUAAGGGGCAGAAAUGUAGAGAAGGGGGGUAUCUUUCCUCCUGGAAUGUAUAUGAUAAACUGCACUAACUAGGCCUGUAGAUGGCUGUACAGCAAGAGCAGCAGGAUUUUUUCGAAAACACUGCAGAAGCCACCAUGAGUAGAGACUGAAUGGAAUGUAUGACUUUUCAAGAGAUUUUUCUUCCUUUUUUUUUUUAAUCUCAUAUGUGCCAACUAUUAAAUACUAUUGGCCUGGAUCUGUAUGGUUUACAUGUAACUAUCCCCCAUUUAAAAUUUGCCCUCUAUGUUAUUUGUCUCUGCCUGUUUUAAGGGCAUCUGUACAUGAAGUAGUUCAAGCACAACAACAACAACAAAAAAAACAAAAACAAAUAGAACUUAGUGGUCAAAAAGUGUGCUCUGUAAAUGUUCUGGGAUUCAAAUCAGGAAUCAUUAUGUAAAUAUUGAAUGUGGAGGUCUCAUUAAGUGACAGAAGACGAUCAUUUGCACACAGCACUGCAAUUUCUAUAAGCUAAAAGUGAUUUGGGCAUAGCUGACGGGUUAUUAUUCAGUGUUAUGCUCCUUCUGAGUGAUCGUUGUGAUGUUGUGUCGUGAACUCAUUGCUUGGAAGGUGGAAUGUAACGCUGCUAUUUUGCACAGCUGAGAACAAACCGUUGAUGUUUUGCACAGUGGUAUAACAGCAGUAGUGUACCAGUGUUCCUCUCAAUCACUGGAGUGUCAUGCUCUGGGAUGAUCAUCCAUGAAGAUGUACAGUCCAUUUUUUUCUAUAUGUCAGUUAUGGAAAGUGAUAUUUAGAUAUGUGUGUUGUCUGUGGUGCUGUGCCACAGUUGCAUUCACUCUCUCUACAUGUUAAUAGAAGGUCAGUGCAGUAGUUGUUUAUGGUGACCAUGAUGAAAUAAAUCCAAACUUGUGUAGGAUCUCA